AUGCAUGCAACCAUUGUUCAUAUAUUGCAAAGAGGAGCUUUCAGAUACAAAAAUGUCGGCAAAGACAGUGAAGGGAGAUUCUCGUGCCAAAAAUGCUCGUCAUCUUACAAAAGAAAAACCCAUCUGAUCAGACAUAUCGACUAUGAAUGCGGUGUGGAACCCAAAUUCCAUUGUGACCUUUGCUCAAAGAAAUUCAAGCGUAAGAGUACCCUCAGUACCCACCGUUUUCUUGUGCACAGAGUUCAUUGAGGAGAUACGUUGGGAAAGAGCAUUGCAUCGAAGUGAAUGUACCUACCAUUGUUUUUUGGAUUUAAUAAAGUCUUUUAU